AGUUCGCGAACGGCCGCGCAACGGUACGGUUGGAUGUGGGGCAAUUGCGGCGGUUGGCGCUGGUGGUUCGACAGUUAAACGAGUGAUCGUUCCCUCAAACCGCCAGCCAUCGUCACGCCGUUUGUAGCAUGUGCUCACUACUAGUCCGGAGCCACGUAUGCCGUUUACCGCAUCGCGAGCCGCGUAACAAGCUCGCCUCCUACGGCUACCGUUAGGGCAGCCAUAUAUCCCGAUCCCUCCUCCACCCCCUUGCCCGCGCGGCUCCUUCGCUUUCGCGCAUGUGACGCGGAAUUUCUUUUUUGACAACCCCUUUCAAAUCGCGCCCGCCAUUCCGUUCUACGCGGAUCGUGCGCGCGCGUGUGUGUACGUACACAGUGAUAGUAUGAUCUUCUCUUGGAUAUUCUAGUGAGUCCGUGUGGAGAGUGCCUUAUACCGGGUGGCCGAGUCGAACGCGCGCGCGGAGAAUAAAGUGACGUAUCUUUUUCUUUUGCUGUCGCUCUCGCUGCGGCGGACAGGAAAAGAGAGAGAAAGAGAGAGGGAGAGAGAAAGUCGAGAGCGGUUGGUCUGCGACGACGAGAGCAUUCGCAGAGAGAGAGAGAGAGAGAGAAAGAGAGCAAUAGACAGACAGAGGAGGAGAAAGAGACCGGGCGGGAAGAGAAGCGAAAGGAGGGAGCGAUCCAGACGUAAGAGGAAUCUCGACCGAUUUCCAAGGAGACUCCGGCUGUCAGGAUGAGUUACUGCACCAGCGCGCCCAUGGUCACGCACACUUGCGAGACUCUUCUCAGCAAGUGCGAAAUCCCGAUCAUCGACCUCGCGCACAUGGGCACGGCGAAAUGUCCUCAGAAGGGAGUCGUGAAGCAGGUGUCCUCGAAACUGCUAAGGGCGCUGUCCGAGAAAGGAUUGGCCUUGCUCGUCAACCAUGGCAUUCCAGAGUGCAAGAUGAAGGCAACUUACAGAGCCCUAGAUGCAUUUUGCGAGCUGUCGGACGAAACGCGAGCAAAAUACGAGCGCGUUUCGCCGGAUAAUCACGGCUAUGUUAAACCAGGCACGGAGAAAUUUUCGGACGAGAUGGAACUUCGCCACGCUUACAACGUAACCGGAUGUGGACGAACCUUACCGGAAGAUGAGGUUCAGGGAUUUAGGUCAGCAGUAGACGAACUGACACGCGAUUUCAAGCAACUGGCCACCAUGCUUCUUACCGCUCUGUCCGUGGGUUUGGAACAGUCCCACGACUUCCUGUUGUCCAAGCACGCGCACAUACUCGGCCCUGGCAACUCGUCCACCCUGCGUCUCCUCUACUAUCCGCCACUUGGUGCACCGGUACAAGGACUGACCCGAUGCGGCGCCCAUUGCGACUAUGGCACUUUCACUUUGUUGGCGCAGGACUGCGAAGGUGGCCUUGAAAUACAAAUUGGGGAAAGAUGGGCUAGAGUGGGUCAUCUUCCAGGCGCCAUAUUAGUGAAUACCGGCGACUUACUGGCACACUGGACCAACGGGCAACUUCCAGCGCUCAGACACCGUGUCGUUAUACCGGAACACUGCGGUCGCGGUCGUCAUUCCAUCGCUUUCUUUGUGCAUCCAGACGACGAUAUUCCUAUCGAGCCAUUAGAUACAAAGAUCACCAUAGCCACGCAGGAAACGACUCCUUGUCGCCUUCAGAAAAAGAAGCGCAGCGUUCUCACGGCAUAUCAGCAUCUUCAGCGUCGUUUUCGCGAGACUUACGCAUCCUAAUGUCCCGCGAUCCUGAAUAUUCUGUAAGGGUGAUCUAAUGGACCCAAAAACGGAAACUAAGUCUUUGUACGCUCGCCAAGAUGGAAUAAAGUUAAAAUUUCGCAGAAAUUCGGAAGAGAUCGAUUUUACAGGCAGUGAAAUUAAGAUUACCGCAAGCUACGUUUUAAAUGUGACCAAUAUUGCUGUACAUUGCUUGAUAUAUACAUAUACAUUAUAAAAGAAAAAAUGUACUAAAAAAAAUAUGCAUAAUAUCCAUUCCAUUUAAUGUGAACAUACAGGAGGGCAGAAUUAUUGUCAAUACUCUUUAAUAUUUAACAAAUCUUAAUAGCUUAGCUUUGUUGUCUUAAUUUCACGAUUUGAGUUUAAAAAUCGGAUAUCUUCACGAAGCGAAAUUAUGAAAUUAAAUGUCAAAAUAAGAUGUAAACAAAGAAUGUAAAAGAUUGCGAGUCUCAGGCAAUAAAUAAAUUUGUACUUAAUUUGAAAAUA